AUGUCAAUUGAUUCUGUCAUCUCUAUUGCAUGGGAUGCCUUCAAGGGUGUAGUUGUUCCCAUCAAGCGUCAAUUCGGAUACGUUACGUCCUCCAAGAGCUACGCCCAAGAUCUUCAGAAAGAAGUCGGGAAGCUGGCAUACAAGGCUGAGAUGGUCCAAAAUGCCGUGGAAAUGGCCAGAAACAAUAGUCGGAAUGUCUACAGUUAUGUCACGCGGUGGCAGGAAAAUGCUGAGAAGGCCUUGAAUGAGGCGCGAGACUUGCUGGACCACUUCGAAAAGGCAACCAAGACUUGCUGCUAUGGGAAUCUUCCCGAACCCAGUUGCCGCUAUCAGUUCAGCAGGUUAGCCAGGGACAAGAUUGAGGGCAUUCAGCGACUCGGUCAAGAACACAGCCUAAUCAAGGAUGUCUCCUCCAGUGAUCCUGCUCCAGGGAAUGUUACUACUUCGACUCCGGCUGUCGUUCAGUCGACCAUCGUGAUGACCUCUGCUUCUUUUGCCUCGACGUCAAUUAAGCUUAAGGAUGACGAUAUCUUCAAAUCCAGAGAAUUGGUCAUGCAGGAGAUCAUGGCCGCUCUUGCUGAUAACGGCAAUAGCGUGGUAGGGAUUUACGGUAUGGGCGGGGUCGGCAAGUCCACCCUAUUGACUGACGUCGAAAGGAGAAUAAGGAAAGAGAAGUCGUUUGAUUGGGUUGCUAAGGCCGACGUGUCAGAAAAUCAAGACAUAAAGAGGAUUCAAGGAGAGAUUGCGCAUGCGCUGGACCUGGACAUAAAGGAUGUAGAGUAUGUCAAUUCACGAGCGCAACGUCUGCGGACGAGGUUGGAAGAUGAGAAGAGGGCGAAAAAGAAGGUCCUCAUAAUACUGGACAACCUGUGGAUAGGGCUUGACCUGAAAUUAGUGGGCAUUCCUUGCGGACAUGACAACAAAGUCAUAGGAUGCAAGUUGUUAUUGACAUCAAGAUUUCAAGAUGUUUUGCGAAGGGAAAUGGGCUGCGGCAGGGACUUCCAUCUUGAUGCGCUGAAGAAGGAAGAAGCAAAAAGAUUGUUUGAGAGGACGGUCGGGGAUAAAGUUCAUGAUGACCCAUUCAAAUCCUUGGACGUUUUGAGACAAAUUGAGAUGUCUACAAACAAAGGAAUUAGUGAGAGAAUAAAUGAGAUGUUGCAGAUGAGUUAUAAUCGUUUCAAAGGGGAGGAUGGCAAGGAGGUGAAGUCAUUAUUACGACUUUGUGUUGUUUAUGGUGUCUCUAAGCCCUCUCUUGAAAACUUGGUGAGGUACAGCACGGGUUCUAGGUUAUUUCGAGAAAAUAGCAACAUGGAGGAAGUUAGAGAUAGGUUGAGCUCACUUGUCCGAACCCUGAAAGCCUCCUCUCUUUUGUUAAAAGAUGAUGAAGAUGCCGAUGGUUUCAAGAUACAUGACUUGGUUCAUGGAUUUGUUUCCUCGAUCGCUUCAAGAGAUGAGCCUCUUCUCGUGUUGAAAGAUAAUGAUAAGUCGGGGACAAAGUUGUUGCAAGACAAACUCAAAACUUGUACAGCGGUGUGCUUUCCCUAUGUCAACAUGAAGGAGCUUCCUGAAGAGUUAAAUUGCCCGGAAAUGCGAAUCUUCUUGUUGUUCACAAACAAUGAAUCCUUUAAGGUCCCGGAUUCAUAUUUCAACUCUAUGAGAAAACUCAUGGUCUUACAUCUUUCUCAGGUAUGUCUCACUCGUUCACCUUCGCCGUUUCAGUUCUUGGAGAACUUAUGUACACUGUGUCUUGAUGGCUGUUCGUUAGAGGAUGUGGCCAUGAUUGGCAAGCUAAAAGGGCUGCGUAUUCUUAGCUUUGCAAACUCCAAAAUUCAACGAUUGCCCAAAGAAAUUGAACAAUUGGUAGAGCUGAGGUUGUUAGACUUAAACCAUUGCUCACGACUUGAGAUAAUUGAACCGGGUGUGCUUGGAAGCUUGAUGAAAUUGGAGGAGUUGUAUAUGGAGAAUAGCUUUGAUCAAUGGAAUGCCAUGGAGCAAACUCCACAAACUAAUGCCAGGCUUAUUGAGUUGAAUAACUUAAAGAAUCUUUGCACUUUGCAUUUGUCCAUUCGCAAUCUGAGUGUGCUCCCAGAGGAUCUAAAUGUCGAGAAAUUAACCAAGUACAAAAUCCAGAUAGGUGAUGUGUGGUGCUGGCCAAGUCACAAAGGAUCGAGCACAUUGCAGCUUACGUUCUAUCCAAUAAGCGAUAUUCUUCAGAAAGUAUGCAUACAGACUUUCUUAGGAAAAAUUGACGAUCUAUUUUUAGAGGGGUUAAACGGAACUGAGCAAAGUGUUUGCGAGUUGUCCCAAGAAGGCUUUUCAAAAUUAAAGCAUCUGCACGUCGAGAAUAGUCCCUCCAUCCAUUACGUUCUCCAAUCGCCAUCCCAUACAAAUUUUAAGACGUUGGAGUCGUUACUUCUCAAGAAUCUCAUUAACUUGGAGAAGAUAUGCAACAACCAUAUUUCCUACGAGUCUUUCGGUGCAUUAAAAGUAGUACAAGUCGAAAGUUGCAACAAGAUGAAAGUUUUGUUUCCUUUUUCAUUAUUGAGAGAACUUCCACAGCUUGAAGAGAUCCGAGCUGUCAAGUGCCACUUAAUGCAGGAGAUUGUAGAAGUUGAUGAAUGUGGCAAAAUUGAGAUGUGUAAUUUGCAUGAAUUGGAAUUGCGUGACUUGCCAAAUAUCAAGAACUUUUUCACUGUUGGGAAGGCUCCUUCAAGCAGUACAUCAAAAGAUCAAGUUGGCACUCAAGUUGCAUUUUUCAACGGGCAAACGGUUUCAAUCCCAUCCUUGGAGUCCUUGACAAUGGAUGGACUUCUCAAUCUAGAAAAUUUAUGGAUCGAUGAAUCUCCAUUGGGGUUGAGCAAUCUCCGAUUUCUUGAGGUGUCUUCAUGCAAAUCUCUCUCAAAGGUUAUCAACUCUAGGUCACUGGUAAAACUACACAAGUUACACACUUUAAGGGUGAGAGCUUGCGUUUCGGUGCAAGAAAUUUUUUGCCUUGACGGACUAGGCGCCAAUGCAAAUAUUGAGACUCUCUCUGAGCUAAACAUCAUCUAUAUAGAGGACUUACCAGACUUGAGGUGCAUAUGGAACAAGAAUCCUUGUGGAAUUGUGAAAUUCCAUAAUUUGAAGAUAUUACGGGUGUAUGAUUGUAACAACCUAAGGUUUCUUUUUUUUCCAUCCAUGGUUCAAUCUCUUGUGCAAUUGAGAGAACUAAACGUAUUCGAUUGCAAGAAGAUGGAGGCGAUCAUUAUGGAGGAAGAAGGAUUGAGAUUAGAAACUCUAGUAUUCCCAAUGUUAACCAACUUAUCGAUUUUUGGUUUGGAAAAUUUAAUGUGCUUCUCUCCUAGAAAGUGUUCACUAGAAGCUCAAGGCGAGGAUCACAUCCAAUCACAUCGUGUAACACUCUUCAAUCAAGAGGUUGCAUUUCCUAACUUGGAGACAUUAUUCAUCGGUGACAUGAAUAAUAUUGAGAUAUUAUGGGACAAUCAAGUUACUGCGGAGUCUUUCUACAAACUAAAAUAUGUUGGUAUUCAUGGAUGCAAUAAGCUAGUGAACAUUGUUCCCUCUAGCAUUCUUGGACGGUUUAGGAGCUUGGAAAGUAUGGAUGUAACAUCAUGUGGUUCGCUUGAAGUUAUUUUCAAACUUCAGCUGCUGAAUCCUCUAGAUGGACAUCCUGUUGCUCCUUUUCCAUUAAAAACGUUGAUGUUAGAUGAAUUACCAAAGCUAAAGUGUGUAUGGGAUAAGGAACUCCACCAUCAAGUCAAAUUCCAAUGUCUCCGUUCCAUUACCGUUUCCAAAUGCGAGAGUCUCACUUUUCUAUUUCCAACCUCAGUAGCAAUACAUCUAACCCAACUUGAGGAAUUGAAGAUCGAUGAAUGUGGCAUUGUGGAACUCAUUAAGAAGGAAGACGGACUAGUUUCCAAGUUUGUUUUCCCAAAGUUAGCCUCCCUCAAGCUUGAGCAUCUAACAGAGUUGAAGUGCAUCUACAUCGGAAAAGAUGCUCCACAUUGGCCAGCAUUGAAGACCUUGGAGGUGCGUGGCUGUGACAAAGUGGAGAUACUUGCAUCGCACCCUAAGAUUGAGAUGCCACUUGAUAAACAGCCUCUCUUCUUGAUAGAAAAGGGUGCAUUCUCAAAUCUACAAGAGUUAAAAUUGGAAUCAUCCAAAUGGAUGGAGACAUGGCUUGGGAAUUUUCUUAAUGAAGAACUCUUCUGCAAGCUUAGAGUUCUUGAGCUUUGUCAUAUCUUAAAGGAAUCUGCAAUGUCCGCAUGUCAUUUUGUUCAAAGUUUGACCAACUUAGAAGAGCUAGUUGUAUGCAAAUUAUAUCUAGAAGAGCUGAGCAUCAAUGUCAAAGCCGUAGGAGGCCAAAGUCAUGAGCUAAAAGUAGUAUUACCAUUUUCAAGAUAUAAUCAACAUCUGAAGACUCUAGAUGUGUCACAUUGUGAUGUAUCAAAUAUGUUCACACUGACAAUAAUAGGAAAUUUGGUGGAACUCACAAAAUUGAGGAUAAGUAAUUGUCACAUGUUGAUAGAAGUCAUCACGGAGGAGGGAGGUAAAGAGGGGCAUGUAGUGGCCUUCCAAAAAUUGAAGUAUAUGGAGCUUGAUGGAUUGAUACGGUUGAAAUGUUUCAGCUCAUGUGGAUACACUUUGAUGUUUCUUCUCUUGGAAGAUGUCAUUGUUACUAGAUGUCCUAACAUGAAGUUCUUCUUUGAGGGACCAAUAGAAGCACCAAAGUUGGAGAGAGUACAAGUAUCAAAAGUGGAGUGGUUUUGGAAGGAAAACCUCAACACCACCAUCCAAAGUAUGUUUGAACAAAUGGGUAUAAUUGCUGGAGUAAAGUUUAUCCGGCUGUCUGAGGUCUCAAACCUGAUUGGAAAAUGGCACAACGAACUUAUUCCCAUCAAUUCAUAUUGGCACUUAAAAUAUUUGGUGGUGUAUAAUUGUCCAUCGUUUGUUAAUGCUAUUCCAUCUAGAUUGAUGCCUGUUUUGGGCAAAAUGAAAGGAUUACAAGUGUGUGAUUGCGAGUCACUAGAAGAAAUAUUUAGUCUGGAAGGAAUGGAGACUAUUAAAAGCACUCGGGUGCUGCCUCGGUUACAUGAAUUGGACUUGGUCAAUUUACCAAAGUUGAGGCGACUAUGGAACAAAAAUCUUCAAGGAGAGCUAUGCUUCAAUUCUCUAAAAUACUUGGGCCUUUAUAAUUGCAGCAACUUAAGACAUGCUUUUGCUCCAUCGAUGGCUCAGUGCCUUGCCAAUCUUGAACAAAUGGUAAUAAAGGAGUGUGGUCAGAUGGAAGGAGUAAUCGCAGAGGAAGAAGGGCAGGGAAGUGCAAUGGAGAAGUUUACAUUCAUGAAUCUCUAUGCGAUGGAGUUGGAAUGCUUGCCCCAUUUCACUAGUUUCCUCUUGGGAAAGAAUUAUAUGUUGCAUUGUCCUGAAUUACAAGAGCUGACCAUUGCCUAUUGCUCCAAGAUGAGAAGUUUCACUCAGCAAUCUUUGAUGGAGAUCAAUCAUGACGCCCCUUCACUUUUCAAUCCACAGAUUAUCAUCUUCUCAAAUCAAAAUACGAAUACCUCAAGUUCCUGA